AUGGCAAAGUUAUGUAUAAUCUUUCUUCUCGCUCUUGUUGUAGCCCAUGCAACAGCAAGAGUUGUGCCUAGUGACAAAGGUCUAAAUGAGCAGAAGAACAUCCCCACCUUCGGUGGCACUGGUGUUGGUUUGGGGGUUGGAGUAGGUGCAGGUGUCGGUCUAGGCGUUGAUGUUGGUGGUCUUGGGGGCGUUGUUGGGACAGGUGGACUUGGUGGUCAUGGUGAAGAUGGUGGCUUGGGAACUCUAGGUGGCCUUGGAGGUGGCGGUGGCAUUGGCGGCUUAGGUGGAGGUGCAGGCGGUGCCCUACCACUCCCUUGA